CCUUUCUACAUUAUUUUAUCCCUAUCUCAUAUCAGUGUCAUGUUAAUCUUACGUCAGCUUUUUUUAUCUUAUUGUAAACUAUCCUACCAUUUUUUUUCCGCUUAUUGAACAAAAAUAUCGUUUGCAACACGCGAGAAAGACUAUUUCCACUUGUGUGAUUGCCAUUCUCGUUCCGCUCGGGUGGCAACCUCGACACUCGUCGAAAUCCUCUGUUUUCUUCCCCAGUUGUACAAUGUACUAUGAUAUUCCAUGAAUCCCAAGUACGAAAAUCAUCGUACAAUCCAACGAGCCAUCGUAGAGGUUCGACGAGGUUCAAUAUACUUCUUGUCGUACAAAUAUGUUGUGCUAUUUUCCAGCGACUAACCUAUUAUCGCAGUAGCGUUGUCCAUCGAUCGGGUCGUAAAACUUUCCUGCAGGUAAUCUUGAAAAUUCUUUGAACUGCAAUUCGAGAGGCAUAUAUUUACCAUUAACAAUAAUUUUAGUCCUUCCAGUUAGGUGCGAAAAUAGCCUCUACAUAUUGUCAAGGUAAUUUGUCCACGUUGCCCGGGAAUAUCCAGAACUUAGCUUCAGUCGAGCUCGAGCCUUGAUGAAAAACGCAUUCUAUAUCAUACGCUGAGAAAAAUCGUAAUAUAGUAUAUUGCCAUGGCGGAAGAGAAGAAUUUUGUUCUGACGUUUCUGAAAAUGUCAGAAUCGUUUUAUUCAGUGUUUAUCGGGAUACUAAAGUGGCGCGGACAAACUUACCCUAUAUCCUCAAUAUUGCUACAGAUACUUGGGGCAAUAGGAAUUCUGUAUUUUAUCGUUAACGAUUAUAAGAUCAUUUUCCAAAACGAUAUUUUAAAUAUCAUACUUAAAACUCUUCUGCGCUUUAAUGUAUUUCUCCUCGUGCUGUGGACCUAUUUUGGAGGACUGUACCAACAUUCAAGAACAGCAUCCAUAGUGGAUGACCUCUGGAAGAUUACGAGAAGAUUUGAACAACUUGGAAUUCGUCUACCCUGUCUUCAAUUAAUUUUUUAUCAAAUUGCGGAAUUUUUCCUCAUUGCCAUAAAUAUUUACUUUGUAACCAAAGUCAACUUGCUGAAAUCACAUGAUCCAUUAUGGUGGCUCGAUUGGAUCUGUGCAGUUUGGAUGAGAACGUCAUUAAUAAUAUGCUUUACUUCAUUCACCAAAUAUGUUCACCUGAUUUUAUUGCAAUUCAGAGAAGUCAACGCCAUCUGCCGCCGCCUUGAGAACCCUGCAUACUCAGUGUCGCAACAAAUAUUGGUUAUCUUGAAUAUACGGGAACAGCAUAUGGCCAUUUCGAACGCCACAAGGAAAAUUUUAAACUUCUACCAACAUUACCUUUUCCUGUAUUCCACUUGGUCUGUUCUAGGAAUUGUAUAUUAUGUCUCCGUAAUUAACAUGUACCUUGAAACACAGAAUGACGAGUUUUAUAUAGUGUGGUACUCUGCCAGUACAAUUCUUAUGAUUAUCGGGCUGAUUUUAUUUAUGAUCAAUAUGUGCACCGUGGCAGCUACUGAGGGUAACUAUACGAGGAAUAUGAUAUAUGAUAUGACGUCUGAUAAGCAUAACUUGGGCUUACGCGUUGAGGUAUACAGCUUUUUUGAAUACCUUGAAAGACAAAAAAUUGAGUUUAGAUUAUAUGGUACUAUCGGACUUAACAACAGCUCCCUCUUAUACGCUUACGUCGCUGCGAUUUCUUACUGGAGAAUAAUGACAAAAUUAAAUUGAACCAGACACGUAGCAAGAGCACGAAGGCUACUACCUAACAACGCUAGUCACAUGGACGCAUGCCAAGGACAAGAACAGUCGUUUCCUUGAGAUUAUCUAAAGACGUCCAUUCAGCCAAUAACCUUAUUAUAAUAUAAAUAGUGACACCCUCAUUCUGAGACGUUGCUGAUCUCAUCAUUUUAUCAAUAACGAGCACAUU